AAGAAAUGCCAGCGAGGUGGCUGAACAUAACAGUUUUGUGUGGAAGACAUAAACUAGCCAUUUAAUCAUCAAUAUGGUUUCCAAACUAGUUUGUACAAUGGUUGUUUUCGUUUGUAUUGGUCAAACCUUGAUUGAGGGUGGACGAGGCGCUAAUCACAAUGUUCAUGCUCCGGAACAUGGCCGACCAGAGAGCCCAACUAUACCGCAUCAUAUGCACAAUCCCCACGCCCAUCAGGGGCAUAACGGUAAUAACGGGCAUAACGGUCAUAAUGGACAUAACGGUCAUAAUGGGCAUAAUGCUCAUAAUGGGCCUAAUGGACAUAAUGGACAUAAUGGGAAUAAUGGACAUAAUGGACAUAAUGGAAAUACCGGACAUAAUGGACAUAAUGGUAAUAACGGACACCACGGUGGAGGAAACCAUCACGGGCAUCAUUAAAUAUUGCAGAAGGAGAAAUUUUA